AUGAGUCAUCGACCGAGUCCCCCGAGGAUAGAAAGGCGCGCAGUGGACCUGCCCGUGACGGAGCUGCAGUUUCUCGAUCAAUGGAUACGUCUCUGCAGCGGGGGUAGCCGAGAUCUUCUCUUGCCGCGAACAAGUCUUCCUCAUAGUAGGCCUCGUCUGCCGGGAUCAAACGCCUCGUCAGCGGCGAACAGCAGGAAGGCCAACGGCAUGCAGGAAGUUCGGGAUAUGUUGUUCAAGUCGCCAACCGUAUUGCCCAAAACUUGUGAUCUGCCUUGUAAGGAGGCCGUUGAGAAGCAAGGUUCGGGGCGUCUCGCCGGUCUGGGGACCAAACUGAGAGGACUGUACAGAUCAUCCUUGGGUGUUUCGCCAUGUAUUCUCCUGAGGCUUGACUUGUGA